AUUCAUACAUGACGUCAUAAUACAAAAAAUUCGGGAAAGGUGACUUGGACAAAAUAAGCAUGAACAUUAACAUGAUAAAAGUUGAUGAAUUAAGAGGUUUAACAAUCAGAAUUGAUUAAAGUUUGUUUAGUUUGGGAGAAAACAGUUUAAUGAAAUAAUUUUCUUUAGCAAGUCUCAUGGAUGUUGAUUCUGUUUUAAGUUUAUAAAAUGGAAAUAUGCUGUAGUUGCCUCUAGCACAGUUGUCAAAGUGUUCGCUGCAUGGGGUAUUUCUUGUACUAGGAUCGUUAAUUAUCCGGUUACUUUUUAAGUUUUUUUUUAUAGAAACAAGGGCCACUGCAAAUUUAAUCUUAAACAUGUAACAGAGGGAUUUGUGUCAAAAGAACUCUGUGGACUUAGUGUAAAUAAAAGCAUGGGCCUUGAUGGUAUCCCAGCUAGGUUUCUAAGAGAUGGCACAGAAGUCUUAAAAUUACCAAUUACAUUCAUCAUUAACUGUAGUAUCUCAGAAGGUAAAGUACCAGAAGAACUCAAGGAGACUAAGGUUAAACCACUCUAAAAAAAAAAAAAAAAAAAAAAAAAAAAAAAAACAGACUCAAAGCUGAAAAUUAUAGACCAGUAAGUAUUUUAAGUAUUGUUUCUAAAAUUCUUGAAAGAGCAGUUUACACUCAGUUGGAGUCUUUCUUGACAGAGAAAAACUUACUAUAUGAGCUACAGUCAGGUUUUAGGGGAUCUUACUCCACUGAUACAUGUUUAAUUCAUCUAAUUGACCACAUAAAAUAUCAAACGUCUAAGGGUUUGUUCACUGUCAUGUUUCUAUUGGACUUGCAGAAAGCAUUCGACACAGUUGAUCAUCAAAUUUUAUGCGAGAAAUUAUCUACUCUCGGAGUUGAAUCUAUUUCUUGGUUCCAAUCAUAUUUAACACAGAGAAAACAAAUUGUUAACAUUAAUGGAGUUAAUUCAGAAGUUUGUGAUGUCACCUGCGGGGUCCCUCAGUGAAGCUUACUAGGGCCACUUUUAUUUCUUAUUUAUGUAAAUGACAUGAAAAUUAGUAUUGAUGCAGAUUGCAAGGUUUUAUUAUAUGCAGACGAUUCGGCCAUUCUCUAUUCACAUAAAGACCCUAAAGUAAUUUCAAAUAAAUUGUCUCCUGUUAUGGAGUCGUGCCAUGACUGGCUAGUUGAUAACAAAUUGUCCCUUCAUUUGGGCAAAACAAAGAGUAUAAUUUUUGGACCCAAGAGUAAAUUAUCUCAAGCAGCUGAAGAUUUUUGUGUUAAAUGUAACAAUCGCACUAUUGGUGCUCAAAACUGUAUAAAAUAUAUAAGUAUUUUUAUAGAUAAUAAACUAAGUGGAGAAAGCAUUGUUAACUCCAUAGUUAGAAAGGUGAAUCAAAGAUUGAAAUUUUUAUACAGAAAUAAAGGUUGUCUUUCUUUAUCAUCAAGAAAAUCCUUGUGUACAGCUUUACUCCAAUGUCAUUUAGAUUAUGCAUGUGCCAGCUGGUUUGAGGGUCUCACAAAGUGUUUAAAAAAGAAACUACAGAUUUCACAAAACAAAAUGAUUCGUUUUAUCUUAAAUCUUAAUCCAAGACAUAAUUUGUCAUUCAGAGAAUUUGAUGCUUUGAAAUUUUUGAAUAUUUCUCCUAGGGUUACACAGCUCAGACUCAAUCACAUGUAUAACAUAUUUCAUGGGAAAGCUCCUCACUAUCUCAACAAUAUGUUCACGAAAAAUGCUGGUACAUAUAGAACACGUUCUAGCGAGUCAAACUUUGUGGUCCCUAGGAUUGCUGGGGUAGAGUCCUCUUCAUUCUAUUAUAUAGGAGUUAAAGACUGGAAUGCCCUUCCUAUUGACAUCAAACUUGCCAACAAUAAGUUCACCUUUAAAAGAAUGGUCAAAAUACACCUGGAAGAAAUUAAAGACUCGAAGAUGAUGAAUUCUUUUACUACUGAACUUCACUUUUUGUAUUUUAUCUAACAUGCAUAAUAAUGAGCUCUUUUCAAUGUUACCUAGUAUAAUUUUACUAUUACAUGCACCCAAAUGCUAUUCAUUACACUAGUCAAUUAGUCAUUGAUGCAUUGAGAUUAUUUAACCAUGUAUAUAUUUAUUUAUUAUUAUUUUUUUUUUUACAUUUUUUUGUCGAUAUCCUAUAAUGGACCCCAAUGGAAAUAAGCCUGUUGGCUUUUUUGGGUUAUCCAAGAUAAAGGGCAGUAUUUAAUUUUGUUUUUUAAGUGAGCUUAGUGCUGGGGCAAUUUUAAAGUCCAAUUUGUGACUGUAAAUGUAAAAUGUGAUAUUAUUUAUAGAAUGUGUUAUUUUAUGUGAUAUUAUGUCAUGUCAGUUGUUAUUCUUUGUCUAACGUGCCUUUAUCUGAAUAAACACAAUAAUAAUAUUAAGUAUGCUUCAUUAAUUGAUCGAUCGAUGUUUGGAUGCUUUACAUUGUACACUACCGCAAGUCAUUAGUCAUUAAACAAUUAUCAAACAAUAUAACUGUUACAAUAAAUGAGCAUAUGAGCUGAAUGAGCAUGUGAAUUAAAGGAAAAUACCGAAGAUGAAUCAAAAUUACUGUCUGAAACAACUUUUUGAGAUUUUUUGUUUACCUUUGUCACAUACAUUCCUGCAUUUUGAUUUCAGAAAUGGACGGAUUAACACGUAUUAAUCAACCUGCUAAUUUUAAAUUUCCAAAGUGGUCUUUCGGCAAAAAGAAUCCAGAACUACGUUCGUUCAACUCCUCCUGGUUCAAACCAUACCCAUGGUUACAUUAUGACGAGGCAAAAGAUCUGGCUUUCUGUUUCACUUGCAUGGGCGCCGCAAAGGAAGGCAAAAUUUCUAAUUCCAAAGCUGAGGGCAGUUUUAUAUCUACAGGCUACAAUAACUGGAAGGAUGCCACAUCAAAAUUCAGGAAACAUCAAGAUUCCGACUGCCACAAAGAGUCUGUGGAAAGAAAAGUGAAACUUCCUAGAGAAACCAGCUACCAAAUGUCUGUUCUCGGAGAUUGUAACUUUUAUUUUAAUGAUGCCAGCCACUAAUGCCACAAGUGAGCGUACAUUCUCUGCACUGCGCCGAGUCAAUACUUAGGUGGCAGGGGACAGUUUCUUUGGUUUUGAAACAUGUGGAUAGGGGGUAUACACCAAAGUCAGAUUAUGACAGACUAAUGAAAAAUCAUAUUUCCAUUUUAUGUCAAUACUUGUAUUUCAUAUUAGUGUAGUUAAUAAAUUAUGACCCUAAAUUACAUGUAAUACUGGUGCUGGUGCACAAAACAUGCUCUGAGCAGGUUCCCCUUUUUUGCUUUGAUUUUCCCUCAUUUGGGCUAAUCCGCACCACCCCCACACCAUCACAGUACCAAACAUGGGGAUUUAGACACUGUGCACAAUCAAGAACCCUAUCUGCCCUUCUCAAAAAUCUACCUCUCAUAUGGGGCCAUCCACCUUCCCUCACAGCUACAGACCUUUUGCUAGACCCUGCAUGUUUUCACCGGAAUUUCUUCAGCAACUGACCACGUGUCUUAGUUUCGUAUUUGCACCCAUCUAUAUGCUAGGAAUCAUGGUGACACCUACAUGUUGUAUAUCAACAUUUUUACUAAGCACUCAGCUACAUUUGACAUGCAUCCUAAAAUUAUUGUAUACAUUUUUACACAUGUAAUAUCACUUCAAAUACGGCGAAACUGUCCCCUGCUACCUUAUCUUCGUGCGACUAUGACACAGGAGAGGCUUAAGGUAUCACACCGGUAAUUGUCCAAUCAAAAUGAACUUAGUCAAUUGUAGUUCCAUAUAUUUAAAGAAAUAUUUUUUUUCCUUGCGCGAUUUUUCUCAUUUCCUCUUCUUCUUUUCUCUUAAUUUUAGUACCCCUGAUUAGGAAAUUUUGUGUAAUUUGUAGAAAUAAUCAAGUGUAUACAAAGGAACUAUUUGCUGUUGGUAGCUGAGGCUACUUCCUGAGGUGCACUCCGGCUGUUUACACACAUGUGAAAAACACGUGGAUUUGAGGGUAGUCUUGUUUGUGGGUAAUUUUUUUUCGAAAAUGCCGCGUAGGGUGUUGUUUUUCUGGUGUCGGCAGACGAGAUAGGUAACAUAGAACGUGUCUGACUGCGUUAUUCGGCAUCAAUUUUGUAAACUGAUUUUUAAUGAUUUUUUCCCCUCUAUAGUAAUAUAUAGUGAAAAUAAUUACCGGUGUGAUACCUUAAUCACUAUUCUGAUUCUACACAACCACAGGGAAGCUACGGAUAAAAUGGACAUAUCAGAAGUCGCUGACUAGUUUGUCUCAGCGUGGGAUGGACGAGGACUUAUUUUUGGACGUUUCUGAACUGUUCAAUGAAUCAAUGUACAUUUAUAUAAUUUGAUAAAAAUGAGUUUAAUGUGUUUAACUUGCAUACAACUUCCUUGAUAUUACUUAAGUUAUUAAAUGUUUGAAUUUAAGACAAA